AUGCUGUUGAAACAUGGGGCGGAUCCGAAUUUUCGUGGCAAGAAGGUUGAGUGUACGCCACUGAUGGAAGCCGCCAGCGUUGGUUACACAGAUAUCGUCAAGUUAUUAUUGGAGCAUGGGGCGUGUGUUGGUCAGAAAUCGAACACAGGAAAUACGGCGCUCCACUAUGCAGCUACUUCUGGACACUUGGACUGCGUUUGUUUAUUAUUACAGUACAGUAGUCCGAUGGAAGUACAAAACGACACAGGGCAUACACCUUUGAUGGAAGCUACAAGUAAUGGGCAUGUGGACGUCGCUCGUUGUCUUAUUAAACAUGGUUGUGAUAUCAAUACACACUCAGCCGAGUUCAAAGAAUCUGCUCUUACCUUAGCAAGCUACAAAGGUCAUGCGGAAAUGGUUCGUUUUUUGUUAACUGCUGGAGCUGAUCACGAGCAUCGUACUGAUGAAAUGCACACUGCUCUAAUGGAAGCCGCAAUGGAAGGACAUGUUGAAGUUGCUCGUUUACUCCUUGCACACGGAGCCAAUGUGAAUAUACCCCAGGAUAGUUUUGAGUCACCCUUGACCUUAGCAGCGUGUGGAGAAGUUAAUGAUGAAGGAUAUACACCUUUAAUGGAAGCUGCGAGAGAGGGUCAUGAAGAAACCGUCGCAUUACUGCUUGCAGUAGGUGCUGAUGUAAAUGUGAGGACAGAAGAAACUCAAGAAACUGCACUCACGCUCGCUGCAUGUGGUGGAUUUAUCGAAGUCUGUGAGAUGUUAUUAAAUGCUGGUGCUGAUAUUGAAGUCGGUGGAGUCGGUUGUUCUACUCCUUUAAUGGAAGCUGCUCAAGAAGGACACUUAGAACUUGUUCGCCGCUUAUUAGAGCGUGGAGCAGCAGUGAAUGCAGUAACAGCUACUGGAGACACAGCACUUCACUAUGCAGCUGAAAAUGGGCACGUCAAAGUCUGUGAAAAACUACUUGAUUGGGGAGCCGUUUUUGGAGCUAUGACGGAGGGGGGAAGGACUCCACUGAUGAAAGCCGCAAGGACAGGUCAUUUGGAGGUCGUUCAGUUGUUCCUGGAGCGUGGCGUGGCGAUUGAUCAGCCCACUUCACAGAAUGAUGCCAAUGCUUUAUCAUUAGCUUGUAGUGGUGGACAUGCAAAGAUGGUCGAGUUUCUUCUUCAACAUGGUGCCGAUCCCCAGUAUCAGCUGAGAGACGGUUCUACAAUGUUAAUUGAAGCAGCACGUUCUGGGAACCCAGCUGUUCUGAGGCUUAUUUUGGACUACCCCAAGUGUCUUAGUCAACCAUCGUCAAUACUUCCCAAUGCAUCUGUUCAACUUGUAGCAAAUACUAUCAAUCAGCACCAGAUGCAGCAUCCAUUUCCUCAUGACCAGCGCUCGGCAUACCAGUCGCUUGUUGGUGGUGUGCCCCAGUUGCAGCUGUCUUUCCAAUCACCUAACCUAUCCGCUUCAGCCAAGUCGGCUCAACCCACAACUCACAUAAAUGCUGCACUAGCCAAUGCAUAUGCUGUUGGGUGGGCAGCUGGAGCUGCCGCCCUAGUACACCAGCAGCAACAACAACAACAACAGCAUCAACAUGCGAUAACCUCAUCUGUUUCUAGUUCAGAUGGGCCUGUGGUUAUGUGUCCUGCAGUCAGCGCUAUGCAUUCUCAUGUCCAUACCUCUGGACCUUUGCAGGAUCAGAUCUUGUUAUCAAGCAGCAAUACUUUCGAACUGCUUCCUGGAGCGUCAUCAGUAUCAACUAAUACAUCUUGUACUGCCGUACCUUCAAAUUGUUCGAUUACAGCGCAUAAUGCACAUCUUAAUUUCCAGACUACUUCUGUCACUGCCGCUGUUAAUCCGGUUACUGGGAUAACCAGUGUUCAAACCGUAUUAACUCAAGCAACUUUAGGAGCUACUGGGGUAGGCCCAUCAUCCAGCACAACCAACAGUAUCGGAAGCAUUAGUGGAAGCAGUUCAACUAGCAGUGGUAGCAGUCCUUCGUCUAUGGUCGCUGGCUCUUCAGUUGAUCUGACGGAUGAUUUCAGUGCUGGUCUCUUGGCACUGUUUCAAGAGCUUAUGCCUGAUUUGAAAGCAGAUAAAGAUGAAUUAAUUAGACGUUUUGAGGCGGUAAUGUGUCCAUUUAGCGCGCUUCGGGCAGCUCGCACUGCCAUAAGUCAACAAAAUGGAGCAAAUGUGGAUUCUUCAGCAGCUGCAAUCGCAAUGAGUACUAAUGCUGCUGUUUUGGCACUGAGUAAGCUGAUAGAUCAACAGUCACUCUGUCGCUCUCACUCUUCUUGUCCUGCUAACGGUUGUGAUGUUAUAGAACAACGCUUUUCACCUAGAUGCAUACACACGUCCACAGUUGAUGCUGUCUUAUCUAAAACUACUCAGUGGACUGGUCUUCUUUCGACUACCUGCGAUUCGCAGUUUCCAGAAUCACUUCCUUUUUCUGAUGAGUGUGGUUCGUCUUUUAGCAAACCAGGAGGUCAUCAAUCAGACCCUACUGAUUCCGAAAAUCAUAAUUUUGGUGCAUCUGCAAAUAUAACACCAGUAAUGUCUUCGUGUCAUUCAUCAUGCUCUGCUCUGUCAACAUCUGAAUGUUCUAUAUCUUCUACACACACUGCAAAUUCCCUGUGCCGUGUCAACAAAACUACCUCAACAACUGUUGAAUCCAUUUUGCCAACACUUAAUUCUUAUGACUACGGAUUGGAUAAAACUGCUGAUAUGUUAGGACCUUGUAUCGAUUCUUCCUACUUGAGCAACUUGGUAGAUACUGUGGGUCUUCCAACAACGCAAGCUGUCAUUCAUGAAGCUGGUUUGAAUCAUGAUAUGCUAACAUGCUAUCGUCAUUACCACCAUCCUGGAUCGCAUUUUGCAUGUGCAUUUGAUGGGACGGCGACCACAGCUUCUUUAGCUAAUUUAGGUCAUGUCGGUGUUCAUAACAAUAUACAUCAUCAUCACUAUCCAUUGAAUGUAUCAACUUGUGGUGAUAAUCUAAUUAGUCCUGACAAUUUGCUUCAUGUCCCUCAGCAACCGUCCAGUCUUUCUGCAGAUAGUAUAAUGACGAACCAGACAGGAACAAUGGCGUAUAACUCUGCAGCGAUUGCGGCUCAUCAGCACGUCUCACAUUCAGCAUUGCUGCCAGUAAGUAGGACCCGAACCUUGCCUUUAGGAUCGCAAUCUAUGUUAUCACCUAAUCAUGGUUUAUCACCAAACGAUAUGGCUACAGUUGCUUCCAACAACUUAACUAUGGUGGGUGAUACUAUAUCACCAUUGCACGUACCGUCCUUGAUCGAUGUAAAUGCCUGUAUUGAAUCUAGUAUGGAGACAGCCCUAACUUUGGCAUGCAGUGGUGGUUUUGUUGACCUUGUUCGUCUUUUGUUGGAACGUGGCGCUGAUAAAGAGCAUCGUGAUAAAAAGUCGCACACACCACUUCAUACAGCUGUAUGUGCAAAUCAGCGUGCUGUUGUCGCAUUACUUCUCGACUGCGGAGCAGAUAUAGAGGCACAAGUAGAUCGCACAAAGGAUACAGCUUUGUCCAUUGCGUGCUCUCAUGGGAAAUUGGAGAUUGUCGAAGAACUAUUAAAUCGUGGUGCAAAUAAAGAACAUCGCAAUAUAUCUGACUAUACUCCACUGAGUUUAGCUGCCUCCGGGGGAUAUGUUGAGGUUAUUCAAUUACUUUUGCGACACGGCGCCGAAAUAAAUUCCAGAACUGGAUCGAAACUUGGUAUAUCUCCACUGAUGUUAGCGUCUAUGAAUGGUCAUACUGCCGCUGUCCGUUUGCUCCUUGAACAUGGGUCAGAUAUAAAUGCUCACAUUGAAACUAAUCGCAACACUGCUUUGACUUUAGCAUGUUUCCAAGGUCGUUUUGAAGUCGUACAACUCCUGGUUGAACGCAAGGCUAACAUUGAACAUCGUGCGAAAACUGGUCUUACUCCCUUAAUGGAAGCUGCCUCAGGUGAUUAUGUGGAGGUUGGAAGGAUUCUGCUGGACCAUGGGGCUGAUGUCAAUGCAUCACCCGUACCAAGCUCUCGAGAUACGGCUUUAACCAUCGCUGCAGAUAAAGGCAAUGCCAAAUUCGUUAACUUACUCUUAGAAAAGGGUGCAGUCGUCGAAGCACGAAAUAAGAAAGGUGCCACACCACUAUGGUUGGCUUCAAAUGGUGGUCACCUUGAGGUCGUCCAAAGUCUCAUCCAGUACAAUGCAGAUGUGAACAGCCAAGACAAUAGAAAAGUCAGUUGUUUAAUGGCAGCAUUUCGUAAAGGUCAUAUUAAUGUGGUACGACUACUAGUUCAAUAUGUGACUCAAUUUCCAUCUGAUAAGGAUUGUAUUAGACAUAUCAAAACGGCGGUAACGGACAAGGAUUUGGUCAAACGCUGUCAGCAGUGCAGAGAAAUCAUAAUAGCGGCUAAGGAGAAGCAAGAAGGUGAGGCAAGAAAGAAUGCCGAUUGCCUUUUGGAACAAAUUGAACAAGAGGAGGAGGAAAGAGCUAAUCGGGAAGCGAUGCAAGCGCGUAAACGAGAGCGAAAGCGUAUGAAGCGUAAGGCGAAGCAAGAGAAGGAACGUCAAGUAAAAGGCAAAAAUCAAACAAACCUAAAACAAACUUUGGGUAAAACACCUCAAGGCGAUGAAGUUACUGAAGCAGAACAACUUGAUGAAGUAGAUCAGGAUCAUGAUAAACAGUCUAACACCGAGCACAGUCGCACUCUGUCACGUGUCCUUCAGCAAGAUGAAUCUGAACUAUGCAACCACCUAUCAAGCACCGCAAUUUGUGAUUUGGACGACGAACCAUGUUCUUCUGGUUCACCUAUUACUUCGGUUCCCAUGUCAUCAGUGCCUAACAAGUCUUCUAAUCACCAGCUGGAAAAUAAUACGAAUAAUGCUAAUUCUGAAAAUUCCGUUAAGAUGGGUGAAAAACCUACUGUUCAUCAAGACUCAGAUUCUGUCGCUAACAGCUUCGGUUCACAAGAUCCUGAAUUCAGUGCUGCUGCUGCUGCUGUAACUGAAGCUAAGCGGGAAAAGCAUCGGAAUAAGAAACAAAGCCAAAGAGCAGCUAAACGAGCAGCCGCAGAAAACCACACUAUUUUCAGUUCUGAUAAAGCUAGUAAAUCACCUAGCCCAGAAGUUCGAGAGUUGGAUAACUCUUUACUAUCCCCAUGCUAUGCAAUUUCUCCAAGUGGUGACGAAGAAAGCUGGAACCUGCUCAUCGAAUCCCAAAACGCUCAUUUUGAUCAAUAUUUAAACAUAGGGAAGAGUUCGGGAACUAUGAGCGAUUCCAACACAUGGACUGUGGUCGUUCCAUCCAACAGCACACGAUCCCAGCGCACUGCUGUCAGUACAAAUAUAUCUUCUCGUGUGUCUCAUGAAACAGCUGACUGGAAAACCACCAAUUCGAGCAACAGUUCGUAUAAACGCCGACUCUCCAUUCCUGUUUCAAGACAUGAUAUCGGCAAAGUUAUCGGUCAAGGAGGAGCUGUUGUUAGUGCUUUAAGAAACAUGAGUGGUAUUCAAAUAGAUAUUGAAAGUGCACGAAGUGAUGAAGUAACAGAGCGCAUGGUUUACUUGAAAGGACCUGGUGAGGCAGUUCAACGAACUUAUGAGACAAUUCAAGGGCUUCUGGACGGAUCCAUUGCUGGUAAUGAUGUUCUGUUAAUGUAUAAUGCUCUGAGGAAGUCCUCUACGUUACCUUCAAGCAUGCCUCUUCCUAGUACCGUCCUAAGCUCCCUUACUUCUAGGGUAAAUGGUACAUCUACAAUAACAGUCCUUAGUACAGUGAAAACUGCACCACCAGGCACCAAAGUUGUAAAUCCAAAUGGUCGAACUCCUCGUAGAACUGCUAAAUCUGUGGCUUAUCCUGUAGCUGCAAGUACCACACGAUCUACCUCAACUCAGCCAACUCCUAUCCCCAUAGUUAACAAACCCAGUAAGAUACCUGCGAUAUCUACCGUUUCCUCUAACAACAAUAAUAUCAAUACGUUCUCAAACGCCGUAGUUCCUUUAGUGCCAAUAACAUGUUCGAGCUCCACGGGCGUAAAAGCUUCAUCCUCAGGUUCGUUAAGUUGGAGUUCCAAAGUAAUGAACAGCAGUUCCUCGAAGGGCAACUUUGCUUCCGUUGCUGCAGCGGGUCUAAAUACUCAAUCACCACGCGCCUCCAAGCAAGUAGACAGUCAGACAGUAAAUGAUGAACGGAGUCAAUCAAAAACUACUCUGCAUAAUUUAAUGUCUGCACCAGCGCCAAUCUUAUCGACGACAACACCAGUUUCGUUACUAUCUCUCAACCUGUCUUCAUUUCCUUCCAGCAGCCAUAUGUUCUCGGAUUUUAUUCCAUCUUUAUCUAAUGGUGGGGAUUUUACUCAUGAAUCACUGGAUGAAGCGAGUUUUCCCCCCUUGUGCUCUUCUAAAUGCCUUAAGGCUCAAUUGAGAACAGCAUCUUCAUCAUCAAACUCUUUCGUCACUGCAUCAAACAUGAAUGACCCUUCUUAUUUAUCUGCCACACAAACUUCAAAUUCAUCCAUGACUGCUUGUCCCCUUGAGGGAAUUUCUUGUGAAAUUGGUCAUGGAAAGAAAAUCACUUCAUCUGAUGACUUGACUGAUAUGCUUUCUAUCACUGUCUAUGACAACUCCAUGUCUGCCAUCCAUACAAUAUCGGUUUCGAAUUCAUUUCCGGUUGCAGUACAUCCUACCACCUCCCCAUCCAAUUACGAGCCUUUGACAGUGACUCCUAUAUGUGGGAUUGUUAGCACUUCUCAACCGAAUACGCCUGCGAGUUCCGGUGGAAUUAAUACAACCUAUAGUUCUACACCGCCUACAACUACUACUCAAACAAAGUCAUUCGCCAGAGCCCCAGGAUCUGAGCGUAGUGCUCAUCAACGGAAUGCUAACGCAACAGCUACACCCGUUUCACUUGAUUUGGUUGAUUCCUUAGUUGCAUCACUUCUGUACUUAGAUGUUAGCGACGAUACAGGCAUUCCUGUAAAUGGUACUACUAGUGAUACUAUGCUAUUCACACCUACAAAGCGGGCUGUCUCUUCAGAUCUUCAUAAUCCCGAUUUUCGUCAUGAUUCAUUAUCCAACCAUUUUCGACCUGACAGAUCAUGUGACUGGCAAACUCCUGAUCCAUCCGCGGUGUCAUUAUCGUCAUCAGCAUUUGUGAAGAACUCUUCGUUGAUAGUAACACCGAAUACAUUAGCCACCAUAUCUACUAGUGUGGAUAGCUCGACAGUUGAUAGUCAUUCAGCUACGAAAUCUGCCCCUGUUGUCACCAAUGUUUCACAAGUACGAAGCUCCAUUGAUCCCCUUCAUUCUAUGCCAACAAUGUGGUCUGUUCCGAAGCCUGAUUUGAACUCCAAUUCAUUAGCCUUUCAACCGUCUUUCCAAUCACUUAAUCAGAUUACGUCCAACUUGAAAAGCAGUGCUGAGUCCACAGAUUCAUUGAUGCAAGCGUCAUUACUUAGAAGUGAUUUCGCUAGUCGCUCUGCAACCGAUCAGUUUCAGGAUCAGUAUUCCCUUCAAGGAUCCCAGUCUGGUAUGAUGCGUCAAAUGGUCCCGCAGGCAUCUCUACAAAAGUCAAAUCAUAUGGGAUUACCAUAUAUGCAGACUACCCAUCACCAAGCUCAAAAUGCCAACGGAGUCUCGAGCAUAACAAACAUAUUACCAUCAACCCCUGCACAUGCGACUAUAAAUACCUUGCGAUCAAAGCCACUGAUGUCUGCUACAUCUUCUGGAUUCUUAGAAUCACGACCAACAGUUCUAAAUGGAUUUCCAAGCAAUUUGUGUCCUCCAUCAAAUUCUUCAAUGCCUUUGAAUAAUCAAUUCCCUUCACUUUUUCCAGUGACUCAGCAACAGCCUUUACCUCUUCAGCAACAACUUUCAUUAGGUUCAGCAGUAAAUCAUCAAUCUACAAGUGGUUUACCAACUCGAUUGGGUGCUACAUCACACCCUAUGAUUAAUCAAACACCGUUCGCCAUGUGUUCAUCCGGUUCAGGCCCAUCUUACACUCCUCCGUUUGUACCUGGUUACAUGCAACCUGUGUGUAAUUCUUCAUCAGUUAUCCAUCCGAAUACGAACUAUGCUUCUCACUUACUUAACGGUUUUGGUUCAUCACUGCAUGUUGGAACAGCUUGUGCUCCAGCAAUGGGUAAUGGGGUUCAGUUAGGUAUCCCAUCAAGUGCAGCACAAGGCUCUGUCCAAAAUCACUCUGCCCAUAUACAACCAAUAGGUGCUGAACGUCGCAGACAAGCUAAUAUUCUUAAUUCUGUCACAUCAUCUAGCAUGGUCUACCCUAAUAUGUCAGCUAAUAAUAGUUUGACUAUGUCAAUCAAUUCUGCGACACCAGUAAUGAAUAAUCCGCUUGCAGCAAUGCAUCCACAAGCCCCUUCUCAACAGUGUUCGGUUAACUCUAAUGCUAAUAGUUUGUUAGUGGCAUUUACAAUGAAUUGGAUGCAGCAGCAACAGCAACAACAACAUUCGAACUUGAUGACUGGAGGUUCUGGAGCAGCGAAUUCACAUACCAACUGGCCUCCACCUAUGUGGCCUUCUAAUAAUUUAGGUAACACCUUUCCUGUAAAUUGCCCACCCAUGAAAGUUCCUCCUGGUAAUCCGAGUGAAAUUAACAUCUAUAACAAUUCGGCAAUGCUUCCAAACACGUUACCUACUGUUAAUGGAGUCGCAGGACAACAACAUCAGCAAUCUAUGAUGGUUGCAGCUAUGGCAGCAAUGGCAAAUAUGUACCCUUGGAAUAAUGGUAGUAGCAGUGGAAACUCGGGCAUGUUAAGUGGAGUAUCUGGUGGAUCAGCAGGUGGACCAAAUCGUUGGAUGUGUCCUCAAGGUAGCACUGCGUUUCCUGGCGUCAAUCCGUCAACCUCCCAGCCUUUCUACCAAGAACAAUAUCCUUCGUUAAAACCUAGUGGUGGUGCUAAUAGCGGUGUUCAUCCGGGCUCUUCUCAUCACUCUUAG